AUGAAACCCAACCGAAAGACACAGAUUGCUAUCUUUCCGGCUCAUCAUACCGUUGAGAAUGCUACUGCACCAGAUCAUAGGGCGUACUCUGCGGCCGAUACGCCGGCAACGGACUAUAGCUUGCGCAUCGCAUUACGGCCAAAGAGAAAAUUUGACGCCACGCUUGAGGACUCAGCACAGAAUGUCGUUCGCUCGCAGAAAACCCAUUCCUUGGCCCAGACGUCGGACAUCGAAUGGAACUCGCCCUGGAAACACUACCGGGAGGAGUUCCAGCUACACGAUCUCGGCGGUAGCCUGACAGUGGCGGUAAGACAGGGAACGCAAGUCCACAUCAGAAAGAUAGCUCUGCUGGAGUCGCAAGACGCUCUGUCAAAGUUCAGAAGGCUCCGCCACCAGAACGUUGUCGAGUUUGUCCACGCGUACAUGACAGACCCCUAUCUGCACGCCGUGUUCGAGCCCACGACGUUCAGCCUCUAUCACUUGGCGAAAUGCCCGAAAUAUCCCGACGAAGCCCAGCUGGGUGCCAUCGUUGGUCAGGUCGUAGACGGUCUCAGCUAUCUAGAAGCCGAAGGCUUUGAACAUCCCACGCUCGACAGCGGCAGCAUAUUGGUGACCGAUGCGGGAAUAGUGAAGAUCGGCAAGUACUUUCUUAGCAACUGGAGCGACGGAAGCCUGAUGCUGUUCGGCUGUUGA